CACCCCGGCGCGCGCAUCUGAAAGGGAAAGCGCCCUGGGCCUCUCGGCGCUCGCUCUCUCUGGUCUAGCCGCCCGCGCCUGCCUGGUGUCCGCGCCGUGGCCCGGGUGGCGGGCGGGAUGGAGGAGCCGCAGGCCGCCGCGGGCGCGGACGUGUCGCUUCACAACUUCAGCGCAAGGCUGUGGGAGCAGCUCGUCCACUUCCACGUCAUGCGCCUGACCGACUCGCUCUUCCUGUGGGUGGGGGCAACGCCGCAGCUACGCAACCUCGCGGUGGCCAUGUGCAGCCGCUACGACCCCAUCCCUGUGUGCACCUCCCUUUUUGGAGACACUUCUGACACGACCUCCAGUGGCCUUGCCCAGCGCUUAGAAGAUGACAACCUCUGGAUUGCUUCCAGGCUAAUAUGUUUGACCAAGGAAGACCCCCUGAGAGGUCUCCAGAUGUUCCAACAUCCAGAACAGCUUCAAGGCAACUAGCUCAGACAAUGCAACCUCACAGACUACUCUAGUCAGGACUUGGCCAUAAUCCUAAAUUUUCUCAGGGUCACCAUAAGAUUAACAGUGCCCCCAAUCAGCAGGAAGUAGCCUAGAACACUACACCCACAUUCCCCCAAAACAGAUUAUGGAUGUUUGUCUUUGUUUAGGUUGUUGGCUACAAAUUGUUAUUGGACAUGGUCAAUUUUUUUUUUCUAAAAGAAGAAAGGGGAUAUGAUAUAGAAAUGUAGGAUAUAGAUAUGAUAGGAUGGAAGGGUAGAUUAUUGAAUCUACUUCUAAAGAGCAACAACUUAUUUGAAAUGUUUUACAUUUCUAUGGAUUUUAGUUUAUUACAAAUUUAAAGUUAAUUUUGUUACACUGUAUGUAUUUCUACUCUCGUUUAAGGUAUCAGGUUUGUACAGCUCAUUUGAAAUUGCAAUAUAUAAUUAAGAAAUACAGAUGAAUAGUCAUCUAUGAUAAUCAAACUUUUAGUCAUAUUAGUUAAGUUUUUUAGGUAUAUAGAUGUACAUUUCAAUUAGGUGGGUAAUCUUCAAACACUUCCAGAAUAUGACAUUUAAAAUGUUUUAAAAACUUAGACUUUCUGGACAGUGAGAUGCAUCUGCUCCUGGCAGUACCAAUUUACUUCCAAGAAGAAGAUGGGCAUUGAAGACAUUCCAUAUGGAGUUUAGUUUCUUGGCACAAAAUGGCCUGCUGGGCAAAGAACUGCUCUUGCCUGGACCAUUUGAUGAUAUGUUAUAUAGACUGGACAUGCAAGACCCAUGGAAAAAAUGACCACUAAAUUUUGCCAAAACAAGGCGAGAUGGUCCUUCAGGUUCCUGCUUCACAGAGGAGACUGCGAAAUAUUCUAUAGGAUACAGGGAGAAGAAACUGAAAAAAACUCUAGGCCUAUAGGCUAAAGAUGGAUGCCCCAAUGUUACAGAGGAAUUUUGGAUGACUGUCUAGGCAGCCAGUUGUCUCUGUCAUUUCCAGAAUUUUGGAAGUUGAUUACAAAGCAUUUACUGUUUACUCAGGUAAUAUUAUAUCCUUCUGGGGUCUUUGAUGUAGUUAAAGACUAGAUAGUUAUAAUUUUCCUUGGUUAUGAUAAAAGAUUAAUUAGAUAUGAAACUUUAGACUCACAAAUAUAGGAUAGAUAGAAUAUUUUCUUUAAUUUUGCCAAAUACAAAUAGACUAGAUAUUGUACCUGUAAUUCCUGCUUGAUAACUGUUCUAUUAUAUGUAAUUUUACUAUGUUAAAGUUAAAACCUUUCUUUUUGAUUAGACAGAAAAGUGGAAGUGCUGUGGGAUGUCUUUCUGUAUGCUAUGAAUAUGUGUGGCUCCCAUUGGAUAAUAAAUAAAACUGUUUUGGCCUAUGGCAAGGCAGCUUAGAGGCAGGCAGGAAAUCCAAGGAGAGAGACAGGAAAGAGAAAGGCAGAGUCUAGGGAGAGACACCAGUCUGUCACCCAAAGAGCAACAAGAUGCCAGCAGAUUGGUAAUGCCACAGCCAUGUGGCAACAUAUAGAUUAAUAGAAAUGGGUUGAGUUAAGUUAUAAGAGCUAGCUAACAAGAAGCCUGACUCAUCGGCCAUUCAGUUUGUAAAUAAUAUAAGCCUCUGUGUGUUUACUUGGGACCAAGGGGCUGAGGGACGCGGGUAGGAGAGAUUUACCUGACUUCUGGCUACACCCAGUUGCAGCAGAAGACCCCAGCAUUUUGGAAAUGCCAGUACCAUGAGAUGACCAGGAAGAACAGCAAAGUGAUGGAGUGAAGCUAGCUGGAGCCUAUAAGAUAAGUUGUGCAUGCUGCAGAGGGCAGAGCCUGAGAAGUGAUCCAAGCCCUCUGGAAGGGCCCAGAAGAUUGUGAGUGGGUCCCAGACAUUGGACAUUGACUUAUUUAUGCAAUUGGAGCUCAGUUUUACUUUGAUUUGAUUGUGGUUCUUCCCUCUAUAAGUAAGAAAAUUUAGCCAGGCUGUGGUGGCGCACACCUUUAAUCCCAGCACUCAGGAGGCAGAAGCAGGUGGAUCUGUGUGAGUUCAAGGCCAGCCUGGUCUACAGAGCUAGUUCCAGGACAGCCAGGGCUACACAAAGAAACCUUGUCUCAAAAACUAAUAAACAAAAAACCCAAACAAACAAACAAAAAGAUUAAACUUAUUUUUUUAUUUUAUACUAGCUCACAGUUGGGAGACUUUCAAUUGUAAGAGAUUUCAGACUUUUUUUAUUUAAGAGACUGAAUUUUUAAAGUGUUUGAAUUUGUAAGACUGGAACUUUUUAAGUUUGUAAAAUGUUUUGUAUUGUAAUAUUUAUAUUAAUGUGUGAUCUUGGAGAUGAACAAGAAAGGGAAGAUUGUGGCUUUACAGUGAUGUGUUCGUGUGUAAAGUUGACAAGGGGUCAGUUGUGCUGGAUAGUUGUUUGUCAAUUUGACACAAGCUAAACUUGUCUGAGAGGAGGGAACCUCAAUUAAGAAAAUGCCUUUAGAAGAUCAGGCUGUAGGCAAGCCCUGUAGGGUAUUUUCUUCAUUAGUAAUUGAUGGGGGAGGACCCAGCCCAUUGUGGGUGGUACCAUCCCUGGGCUGAUGGUCCUAGAUUCUAUAAGGAAGCAGGCUGAGCAAGCCAUAAGGAGCAAGCUAGUAAGCAGCAUCCUUCCACAGCCUCUGCAUCAGUCCCUGCCUCCAGGUUCCUUCCCUGCUUAAGUUCUUGCCCUCACUGCUUUUGAUGAUGAGCUGUCAUAUGAAACUGUGAGUGAAAUAAACCGUUUCCUCCCCAAGUUGCUUUUGGUCAUGGUGUUUCAUCACAGCAAUACAAUCCUAACUAAGACAAGCCUCUUCCUGGCUUUUUAUGGGGCCAUGGUCUGUAGGCUACCUUUUAUCUGCAUUCGCCUUCUAUAUUUCCAGAGAAUAAUGACUUGUUUGUGUGCAGGUGCCAUAUCUAGAAGAGUAGCAUGGGGUAGGUACUCAAAUAAUAGCCAAUUUUCCUUUCAGAUUAUUCUGUGUUCUGUGGGUUUUGAGAUGAAAACUCCUAAGUCUACAGUUUUGGGCCCUCACAAUACCUUCCCCCAGGAAUGUGUGAAUUUUGUCUGUGAGCUCAUCCUUGUCAAGAAUUUUCUCCCAUGUGAGCCUUGCGUGCUUCCUUAAGAGGCUUUGUUGACUCUAGAAGGUCAGUAUCUCAGCCUUGGCAAGUGCCUAAAAUUUGUGCAUACAUGCGCACACAAAUGCAUAGUACAGACUUCAAAGCUUUGAUUUAUUUUAAAGAGAAUUUUUUUUCUGGCCACAGUUCAGGGAGUCAGCCAGCUGUGGGUGGAGACCCUGUGGUGAGGAAAGACUUUCUAGUCUUUGAUUCUUGGCUUCAUUCAAGGAGCUCAGUUCUAAUUGUAUACCAAACCUGUAUUUAGUCCUUUCUCUGUUGCUAAAACAAAAUGUCUGUGCCAGGGCAACAUACAAAGCCCACAGUUUUGAAGACUGAAAGUUCAAACUGGGCAGUUAGACCUCUGGUGAGGAUCUAACGUGGGUGGAAUCACAAUGAUAGAAUGUGUGUGACAGAGAUCACAUGGCAAGAGGGACAUCAUAUUUAGGGGUUAGGUCACUCACUGUGUAAGACCAGUAUCAAUCCCUCCUAUGGAUAUACCCUAAUGACCAAACCAUGAGACCCUACUACCUUUCAACACCACUACACUGAAAUCUAAGCCUCUGGCAUAAGGAUAGGUGUGGAACAACCCACAUCCAAACCACAGUAUUGUAGUUUGAAUCUGUAGUGUCCUCACAGCUCAUGCUUGAAACACUUGAUCCCCAACUGGUGACACUAUUUUUGGAGGUUCUAGAAAUUUGGGAGGAGACAGGUCAUUCAGGGUGAGUCCUUGAAGGUUUAUCCAUGUUCACUUCCUGUCUUUGCUUCCUGGUCUACUUUACUGUGAUGUGGACAAUGUUUGCCAUGCACUCCCACAACAAUUAAUUGAGCUGCUUGGACAUACCUUCCUACCAUAGUGGACUGAAACUCUCUGAACCAGUGGGCCAGAAUAAGCAUUUCUUCCUUCAGGCUGUUUCUGUCAGGUACUGGGUCAGUGACUCAGGAGCAACAACUACAUCCAAGAGCUCAGUUCUAGUCUGUGGGCAGGUCCCUAGGCUGCUGUCAGGUUUGGAAGCCUCAUGCUGUCUCCGUGAUGCUCUGUCAGAAUCCCCUCAUUCCCAUGCAGCUCAGCACUGCAUUUUUGUGGUGGUUUAUUUUAUUCAGCAACCAUGUGCAUAUAGAAAGACCCCUGUCUGUCUGUCUGUCUACCGCUUUGACCAGAAGAUCCCCCAUGCCUUUAUCUUCAUGGCACAGCCCACCACUUGUAGCUUGAGGAUUCUGCCUUGGAUAAGUUGGUUUGCUGUCCCUCAUAGCUCCUGGGCUUCUCAGUCUGCUCCUUAGAGAGCACGCAGCCACCAAGCUUGCUGCUGGGCACCCUGAGUACAGGCAGUAAAGACCUUCUUGUUAAAGAAAAGUGUGUCACUUUCUGUACUUUGCCACCAACAGCUGGUUGUGCUGGCUGAUGCUACCAGUCACCUCUCCCUGCAGCAACCACUGAAACCUGUCCAAGAACCAAACCAAACAGGAAGAGAUGGCAGGACAGUGGUAACAAGAGAGAUGAAGAGAAAGGACAGGCAUCCACACAGUGGCUUUGAAGAAAGCCAUUGAUUCUUGUGGAGCCUUUCAAGCCUAGUAGGAAAAGGCAGAAUACAUUUCUCCCAACAAUUGUUGCGGCUCCUACAUACAGGUUUCUAUUAAGGGUUGAUACAAUAACAGUAGCAGCAGUAGUUAAUACUUAUGGAAACUUAAGACAUGACCAUGCAAAGUAUCUUAAAUACUAUCAAUAUAAAUAUAAAAUAUCAUACUUACAUUGAUCACCAUUAACAUGUGAUACUAGGUGACAGGCGUCAAUCAAGGUGUCUCUAUUAAUUCUCCUAACACAAUUAUUAUGAUUCAGGGCACUGAUGAACUUGAGGGGCAGAGGUUAAACAAGUUGCCAAAGGUUACAUGCCUAUUCAGUGGUAGGGCUCUAUGCUUUAUCUCCAAGUCUCUCUCUACAUUGCCUCCUCAUGAGCCCUUUUGCAUGCAUCACCUUAGUCUUCAGAACAACCCCAGGUAGAAUGAUUAUGACCUGCUUUUUAUAGCUCUGAGAAAGCAGGGAAUCAGAGAAGCAUGGCUGCUGGGGAUGCUGUGAAUGUGUUGCUCUGAUUGAUUGAUAAAUAAAAUGCUGAUUGGCCAGUAGCCAGGCAGGAAGUAUAGUGUAGGCGGGAUAAAGAGAGAGGAGAAAUCUGGGAGGUGGAAGGCUGAGUCAGGAGAUGCUGCCAGCCGCAGCCAUGAGAAGCAGAUGUUAAGAUACCGGUAAGCCAUGAGCCAUGUGGAAACUUAUAGAUUAAUAGAAAAGGGUUAAUUUAAGAUAUAAGAACUAGAUAACAAGAAGCCUGACACAGCCAUACAGUUUAUAAGUAAUAUAAGCUUCUGAGUGAUUAUUUUAUAGGUGGGCUGUGGGACUGCAGGGGGCUUGGUGGGACCCGGAGAGAAACUCUUCAGCUACAAAUGGCACCCAACAUGGGGCAAGUGUUUCCACCUAAAACCAAAAAAAGAAAAAAAGAUUCCAAAAGGGAGCUAAAAACAGCUUCCUAAUAGUCUCUCUCAAGUUAGUGGCAGCCUGCAGGCUUGAGCUACUCUAUGGCAGGUUUAUGGCUUGCAGGCUUGACCUGCAUGCAACAUGGCAGAUUCCAAGCCGCGCAGCAGUACUCAGCAUGGUGAAUAUAGCUUUUGCUAGUUAAAAAAAAAAAGGUUUCUGGGCUACAUGCUGCUUUGAUGGAAGCAUAGACCCACUGCUUCCCAGAGUUGGUGGGGGCCUGGUUCCCAGAGCUGGAGUUAAAUGUAGUUUCGCCAUGUUGGGAAGCUGAGGUGGGCGGAAAUGCUACAGUUUAAAGCAAUAGAUUCACAAUAAGACAGAUUCAGAUGGGAUAAACCUCUGAAUGGUUUACAAUGUAUGUAAAAUGUACAUAGGCUUGAAAGAGAAAAAAAAGUAAUAUAUACAAUUAUAUAAAAAAUAGUUUUAAAAAAUAAAGUCUUUAAAGAGAAAGUAAAAGUAAUAUAAAAAAUAAGCCACGUAAAGAUGGAUAUCACAAAGAGAAUCAGGAUUGUGUUGUCUUUGGGAUUUUUAACUGUAGAAAGACAUUUGAUUAUAAAGACUGCUCAGUUAAAUAUGUAUAUUUUAAAGGUACCUUGACUUUAAAAUUUGGAUUUCUGGGGCUGACCUAGCCAGAGCUAAGCAUGGGCAUGGUACCUUCCAUCACACACAGGCAUACUUAACAUGUUAAACUCCUUGGGUGUCUCUCAAAAAUAAAAAACAAUUUGGUUUUUAAAUCUGUACAGUUUAAAAUUUUUCUCCUUACAGCAUAUUCAUAUUCCUUAGACAGUUAGGUUAUGCCCCAGACAGUAUAUUCAAUGCCACCCUCUCCAAAGUUGGCAACUCAAAAUCUUGUUACAUAUGGCUUUAAAAGUCAUAUUAAUUAACCUUAAGCAGGAUGGGCAAACUUUUUUUUUUUUUGGUAAAGGAUCAGAUUAUAAGUAUUUUCAGCUCUGUGGGCCAUGCCACUGCUGCCACAGUAACCAUAGGCAAUGCACUUGUGAACAUAUGAGAAUGGCUAUCUUCCAAUAAAUUUUUAUUUGCAAAAACGGAUGAUGAGCCAGAUCUGGGCAUUGGGCUGAAAUUUGUUCAUCCUUCACCUAGAGAAAAUAGAGAGCUUUUCUAAAAGCUCCUUCAGUGCCUCCCUCCAAAUGUCCCAUUCUAACACAUAAGACCUUCCCACCAUUUAUAGGUAAGUCCUUUUAUAGAUAUUAAUCUCAAGGUACUAUGUGAUAGACGGAAGCAGGUCAGUGUGAUGCCAUGGGUAGCUAUUGGGGUUGGGGAAUGGUAAAAUGGGGAUUAUUCCACAAUAUGAACAAUGAACAAUAUAAACAGUUAAUAAGGGGUAGAGAGUGUGGUGUGUGUGUGUGUGUGUAUGUGUGUAUGUUGAAAAAUACUGAUUUGCGGUGAGAUCCCGUCAGGAAACCAUGUUAACAUUGUGGCGGUCAGGGCCUACAGUCAGGCAUGGAUGAGAUGGUACAUCAUG